AUGUUGGUAUCCAAUACCGCCUUGCAAAAUUCCAUAUUUCAUGCGACACAUGGCAUAAAAGAAUACGCUAUUUGCUAUAAACCAAACAAAGGAAAAGAGCGCGAGAAAAAGGGCCAAGGGGCCAUGGGCGAUCCCAUCUCCAUCGCUGGCCUCAUCAUCCAGCUCAUGAGCACAGCCAAGCAGGCAUACGACUUUGGAACCUCGGUCAAGAAUGCUCGACAGGAAAUCCAGGACUUGCUUGGCGAGCUUUUCGCCCUUAAAGCGAUUGUCGAACAAAUGCGGUCUGAUGACGAAUUUCUCGCCAACGACAAGCAGUAUUUGAUUCCUGGGCCAUUCAACAACACCUGGUUGUAUACGCGGGAUCUUCUUACUGAAAUACUUGACGAUUUGGUCAAAAGAGCAUCGCGAGGCCAGUCAUCAUUGAAACAUUUAGGAUGGCCAGGCAAGAAGUCGGAGCUGCGGGAAAAGAUCACGAAGCUGGAAAGGUUAAAGACCUACUUCAUAUUGGUUUUGAUGAACGAUCAAGUGUUGGUUUACCAUUUCUUCGGCAUAGCAUUUUCUACAUGCCAAGCUGGAACUGGACGUUGGUUUAUCGAUAAACACCUCGAGGAGUGGAUUUCCGGAAGACACCAAUCUAGGUUUCUAUACCUAGAGGGAAAGUCUGGAUCCGGAAAGACUGUUCUUUGUUCAGCAGCUAUCGAAAAGACAAAAAAUGCUAUUCAAGAAAGUACAUCGACGCAGAUUCUUUACUUUUACUGUUCUUUUCGCUCCGCCAUGUCUCAGCAGCCGGAUCAUUUCAUCGGCAGUCUUUUGGGCCAACUAUCUUCGACAUUUCCUGAAAUAUUACGAGAUCUGAGGGAUUCAUUUGAGCGAAGGGUUCUCCCUACAAUUGACGCACUAGUGGACCUUGUGUGCCGGAACUUGAUACAUUUGGAAAAGAUAAUUCUCUUUGUUGAUGCGGUCAACGAAAGUGCUGAAAGUGACGCCUUUUUCUCCAUUUUAUCCAGCUUGGUGAAUUCAAUACCUAAUCUCUUCAUCAUGGUUACAAGUACGACACCUCCACCUGCUAUUUAUAGCGACAAGUCGCUGUUUAAAGUUCGAAUGCAAUCGAACUCUAACAAAGACGACAUCCACGCGUUCAUCUAUGAGCAGUUGCAGUCCCGGCCAUCACUCCGCCGCCUAAGCCCUGAUGCUAAGAAUCAAAUCAUAGCGACCUUGACAAAAAAGGCAGACGGAAUGUUUCGCUAUGUUCAGUGCCAAAUCGACCUGCUUAGCGCACAGCGAACAGGCCGGGACGUUAUGAAAGCGUUGGAAAAAAUCCCCGAAGGCCUCAACGGUACAUAUGAGCUUAUCCUAGGGAGUAUCUCCUCUAGUGACCGGUCAAUAGCUAGAGAAGCACUGGUAUGGUUGACCUAUAGCUAUCAGCCAAUGCGCCUUGCUGCACUCAACGAAGCGGUCGUCAUAGAUAGGGGAGAUGAACUCCUCGACGACGAAUGCAAAUUAUGUGACCCAAAGGCCAUUCUAUACAUCUGUCAAGGCCUAGUUAGCUAUGAUGAAAAGACGUCGAUUAUUACCCUCGCUCACUCAUCUGUACAGGCUUAUUUAACUUCGGAUCUGAUCAAGCAUGGAUGUGCGGCAUUCUUCAGCAUUGAUGAAACGGAAGCUACCAGGAAUAUGUUUGAGAAAUGUCUUACAUACCUAGGCUUCAGAAAUUUCGACCAUCCAUGUCAAGACAAGCCAUCACUCAACCAACGCCUAAAUGAAAAUCCGUUGUUUCGUUAUGCGUCAGAUAAUUGGGCUUUCCACUGCUACGCUCUUCAAUCUUUAGGAUCCGGGCUUACUGGGGCCGAUUUACAGUCCGUGAUGAAACUGUUUUCUACACGUCAGGAACACGGUGGCGGAAACUACACCUCAUGGGCACAGUUAAUUUUGUUUGAAGCCCCGGCUCGACGAGCCCUGAAAACCAUGCCUCUUUAUUAUGCUGCCUCUUUUGGACUGCUUCCAGUUGUAGACAGGCUCCUGGAAAGCGAAACGACUUGCAACACCCAUGGAGGACGAAACGAGGCCACCCCGCUGAUCGUUGCGACAUUCCGCGGCCACCUGCCAGUUGUUGAGCGCUUGCUGCGGGCUGAUGCAGACCCUAGCAGAAAAGAUAGGUUUGGCAUUACAAGUCUUGAAUGGGCAUUGGAAAAUCGUCGACAUGACAUUGCAAAGAUUUUGGUAGACCAUGGUGCCAAACAGCCUACGGACGAUUGA